CCCCUGCGGGAUUUUCCGCGUUCUCCAGCGACACAAACACCUCCCUGCGUGGACCGGGAAAAAAAACCCAAAACUUUUUCAUCCUCACCAAACAACGUCUGUUGGCUUCCCAUUUAGUAAACUUUUUUUUUUUAACAGCCAUGGGAGAAAUGACAGCACCAAAGAGCUUCUCAGAAGUUAUAAGUCAGAUAUUACAAGAGGCGCCGGCUGCCAGGAAAGCUCUGGUUGAUAACCAGAGCAACCUUCUCCGAGUGGCAGAGUACUGCGAGAACAACUACCUCCAGGCGGAUGAUCCGACCAAAGCUGUGGAGGAGACCAAGGCUCUGACUACCCAGGCUUUAGCCAGUGUCACCUACCAGAUCAACAGCGUGGCCAGCGCCUUGCUCAGGCUGCUGGACUCCCAGGCCAUGCAGAUCAAAGACAUGGAGUCUUCCGUCAACCUGCUGUCACUGGCUGCUGCCAUCCACUUGGAGAACGUGGCAAGGAGGGAGAUUGGUGCCUUUACCACACCCAAAGACAAGACCCGAUCCAAACCCUUGGCCCCGCCCCCUUCAGGCAUAGAGCAGGAGACGGGUUACAUGAGAACUCCGAUAUCAUACACCAUCUUGGACACCGUUGGACACUAUUUCCAGGUCAAAGAGCAGCAGCCCAACAAGAACACACAGACGGAGCAAGCUGAAGAACACUUGGUGUUGACCCACGGCAUCGCCGUACCUCUACCCUCUGUUCCCACUAAGCCCACAGUGAACAGCCUGCCUCCCCCUCCUCCACCUGCUGCUGCCACAAACCUGCCUCCUCCUCCUUCCUCAAUGGACACUGGCCUCCCUCCUCCACCCUCCUUUCCAUCUCCCUCCAAUCUCCCCCCACCCCCUCCUCCACCGGCCAUCGGCCUAUCGGACAACAGUUUCCUGCCACCCCCUCCACCUCCUCCUGGCAGCAGCACCAGUCCACCUCUUCCUCCUCCUCCUCCUCCAGCCAGUGGUGUACCACCACCAACCCCUCCACCUCCUCCUGGCAGCAGCACCGGUCUACCUCCUCCUCCUCCAGCCAGAAGUGUACCACCACCACCCCCUCCUCCACUGGCCAUCGGCCUGCCGGACAACAGCUUCCUGCCACCACCUCCACCUCCUCCUGGCAGCAGCACCGGUCCACCACCUCCUCCACCUCCUCCUCCUCCACCACCUCCAGCCAGAGGUGUACCACCACCCCCUCCCCCACCACCUCUCUUCUAGAUGGUAGAUUGUGUCACUCAGGGUUUUGCUAACUUUGAAGCAGAACUAAAGCAAAGUGUGUGUGGGUGUGCAGGCGUGGGGGGGGGGUUGUGGGUGUGGGUGUGUGUGUGGAGGGUGUGCAGGGGUAGGUGUGUGUGUGUGUGUGUGUGGGUGUGUGGAGGGUGUGCAGGCGUGUGUGUGUGUGUGUGUGAGUGCACGCGUGCAGGUGUUUGAACCCUGAGCUGUUUCAUCUGUGAUUAAUACCAAAGCCUUAGCCCGAAGUGACAUUUUCUGGUUUAGAAAAUCCCUCCUUCAGCAUUCUGUGCGUACAGAAGGUGAGCGGCGGGGAUCGUCCCAGCGUGUCCCGACGGCGCCUCCACCGCAUUCCUUCAAAACAAGCUGAAACAGGGAUUCCUGGCUUCCUGUCAUCAGCUCUUCCAUCACUUUUUCCUCUUUCCCAUAACGUCCGUGCCUCAUCGUAAUGAGGGUUACUUCAAACUGCAGCGGUCUGCGGCUCGGUCCCGGCAGCGGUCACUUUCCUGUCUGGUCAACGUGAUCCUAAGUCUCUAACACUGGCAGCUUUGACCUCAGUGUGCUCUGCGUCUUUAAACAGGCCACUGAGGGUGUGAGCCGUCUGCUGCAAGUCAUAUUUAAAACCUCUAUAAUUAAGUGCAUUUACUGUACCUGACAGCGUCAGUACUGUACAAAUAAAGAUCUAGACGCAGAUAAAUAUGAAGGGGAACUUUUGAAGUUAAAUCGAUUUAAUCUGAGAGAAAAUGGAUUCAAUUCAGCUGCCCGAGAGAAAAUUAGGGGUUUUUUUAAGUUUCAGAUUUUAGGGUUUUUUUAGAAUUUUGUUUUAGAACAAUACUUUUGUUCAGUAUUUUUAGGAUAUUUUGCUAUGUUACUACCACAAAAAUCCAUGUGCAGUGUUAUGUGCAAACUGAAUGAAAAUGAAUAUGUUUUUAAACCAUUUUUGCAGACAGAAAUCAGCUGAGUGAGUCAGUCUGUCGCUCCAGGUUUGUCUCUACCAGAUUUGAACGACGACAAACUCAACAGUUUGCCGACUCUUAUAAAAUGCCUGAAAUUCACCCAGAUUUAAUGAAGAGUGUCUGCAAAAGGGCACGUUUUUAAUAUUUGAAUGCAGCUUCUCAAUUUCAUUUAGCGCUGGACUUUGACUGGACCAUUGUAAAAAAUAUGUUGGGGCUCUUCUACUGAUGGAAGGUGAAACUCGGUCUCUGAUCAGUUGCAGAUUCUAGCAGGUUUUCUUCCAGAAUUCUCUUUGAUUUAACUUCAUUUAUCUCAUGUCUGACCAGCUGCCCUGUUCAGGCUGGAGAAACGGAUUCCCUCAGCAUGACACUACCAGAACUUAGUCUCACCGUGUGGAGGAUUAUUGUGUAAAGGAUUCUUCAUAAAUUCAAGAAAAUAGUUUUGCAUUUAAGGUUGUUAAAGCAGGUCAGCGACACUCAGUCACAUUUUCUUCCUCUGUUUUCCUCAGAGUGGAAGAAGAGUGCAGCACAAUAAUGCUGUGCUGUUUGUACUGCUUAUACAUAUAAUCUGCUUAUAUAUGUAUAAGCAGAUUCAGAUUUUUAAAAAAAGAAAAGAAAUGAAUUUGUUUAGGUGAUCAAAAAGUUU